ACCAUGCUAUAAGGACAGCUUUACUUAUAGUUAGCGGUCUUUCAAACUAGAUGUGCAAAGUGAAACAUUUUGAUGAUGACGCCGAUUUGGAGAUACAGUCUGUUGAAGUACAGUUUUUAUGCAAAGUGUGCAAGUUCAUUUCUGCAGAAGCUGUCAAAAUGCAAUCAAGGACUGAAAAGAAGUUACAAUAUAGCUGCAUGUAUGCCCGAAGCAGCAGCCUUUCAAGGCGUAGGGGACUACAAGGGAUUGUACGAGUUUUCAGUGAACGAAACCGACAGUUUCUGGGGGGCUGUAGGGAGGCAACGGUUAUCCUGGAUUACCCCCUUUCACACUGUCCAAAACUGCAACCUCAUUCAAGGCAAAAUAAAGUGGUUUGAAGGAGGACAGCUGAACGUAUCUGUGAACUGCAUUGAUCGGCAUGUCCACACGUGCCCUGAGAGAGUGGCCCUCAUCUGGGAGAGAGACGAACCAGGGACAGAGAUUAACAUCACAUACAGGCAGUUGCUGGAGCUGACGUGUCGCCUGGGGAACCUGUUUCGGAGGCUGGGAGUUCGGCAUGGUGACUGUGUCACGCUCUACAUGCCUCCCUGCCCCCUCGCUGUGGCAGCUAUGCUAGCCUGCACCCGAAUCGGGGCUGUGCACAGCGUGGUGUUUGCCGGGUUCAGUGCUGAGGCCCUGGCUGAGCGAAUCCGAGGCGCAAGGUCCAGGAUAGUAGUCACUGCCAACCAGGGCCUGCGUGGGGGGCGGGCUGUUGAACUGAAGGCGACCGUGGACCAGGCCCUCCUGAGCUGUCCCUCAGUGCAGCAUGUGCUUGUCAGCAUGAGGACAGAAAACCCUGUUGCCAUGACUGCCAGAGACCUUAUCCUAGAACAGGAGAUGAUGAAGGAGGACGUGUCGUGCGAGCCCGUUGCCAUGGACAGCGAAGACAUGCUGUUUCUGCUCUACACCUCCGGUAGUACAGGCAAACCCAAAGGCCUGGUGCACACGCAGGCUGGAUACUUGCUGUACGCUGCGCUCACUCACAGGUACGUGUUUGACUACCAUGAUGGCGACGUGUUUGGCUGCAUGGCGGAUAUUGGCUGGAUCACAGGGCACAGCUAUGUUGUCUAUGGUCCACUGUGCAAUGGGGGAAGCACUGUCCUGUUCGAGAGUACACCACUCUACCCUGACCCAGGCCGGUACUGGGAAACAGUGGAGAGGCUGAGGAUCAGUCAGUUUUAUGGGGCUCCCACCGCAAUUCGUCUCCUUCUGAAGUAUGGGGACCAGUGGGUGAACAAAUACGAUCGCUCGUCUCUCAAGACGCUGGGCUCUGUGGGAGAGCCAAUUAACACGGAGGCUUGGGACUGGUACUUCCGUGUGGUGGGCGAGGGGCGCUGUCCUGUUGUGGACACUUGGUGGCAGACAGAGACCGGAGGGGUGUGCAUUGCUCCCAGGCCAGCAGGACCAGAUGCAGACAUCAUCCCUGGCUUUGCCAUGAGGCCGUUCUUUGGUAUUCAGCCUGCGCUCAUGGACAGCAAGGGGAAGAUGAUGACAGAUAACGACACAGCUGGAGCUCUCUGUAUCUCCAGGGCCUGGCCUGGGAUGGCCCGGAGCAUUCACAACGAUCACCAGAGAUUCAUCGAGACGUACUGCCAGCCCUACCCAGGGUUCUUCUUCACUGGGGAUGGAGCACACUGCUCUCGGGAAGGGUAUUACCAGAUCAUGGGCCGUCUGGAUGAUGUCAUCAACGUGAGCGGCCACAGGCUGGGGACCGCAGAGAUGGAGGAUGUGGUGAACCAGUGCCAAGGUGUGGCAGAGUCUGCUGUCAUUGGCUACUCACACGACAUCAAGGGACAGGGAGUGUAUGUGUUUGCCGUGCUGAAGGAGGAUGCCGAUAUUUCUGAAGCAGUCCUAGCCCAGAGGCUUCGGGAUAUGGUGUCCAACAAGAUUGCCAAGUAUGCAGUGCCUGACUUCACCCAGGUGGUUAAGCGCCUGCCGAAGACUCGCUCGGGGAAGAUAAUGCGACGGGUGCUACGGAAGGUGGUUGAGAGGAAGGUCGACGAGCUGGGAGACCUCAGCACUCUGGAUGACCCCUCGGCUGUACAGGAGGUCAUUCAGGGUCACCAGCGACUGCUGACGAAGGGGGCAGAGGCCUGAUAUCCUGCGACCCUCGUCCAAAACAAGCACAUGUACACGCACGCGCGCGCGCGCACGCACGCACGCACGCACGCACGC